AUGGCACUGCCUGGAUCCAUACCCACCUUACAGGCACAUAAUUCCGGCAACUACACCAGAGUCGACAAUGUCUUCUGUACCGACACACUCCUCGAGUGCGCAGUCACAUGCAACACGGUACCCUCCUUACAACCUAUGCUCACAGAUCACCUUCCUAUAUGUACAACCUUUGACAUCCGCAUACCAAUAGUGGAUCAACGAGAACGGUGGUGUUGGGCGAAGGUCAACUGGGACGACUUCCAGAAACGGCUGAAAGAACUCCUGGAAACGCUAGAACUACCAAGCGAAUUAACCACAGAGACGGACUUUUGGAGAGCACUACGGGAAUUUGAUGAAGUCACUACAAAGGUCAUAGCAGAACUCAUACCCAAAGCAAAACCCAGCCCUUACCAGCGCCGGUGGUGGAACGAAACCCUAACAGCAAUGAAAAGACGGACUAGCGCCCUAUCGGGAAAGUCACAUCGACACCGUUUUGAACGAGACCACCCUGUCCACGAGGACUUCUGA